GCCGAUGGCGUGAGCGCCUGGUCCUCCACCACCGCACCUCCCCUUCCCACCUGCUCCCUCUCUCCCCUUUUUAUCCCUCCCCACAGCGCCAGAAACCCUAGCCCUCCUCUCCUUCCCCUCUCGCGCCGCCGCCCCCAUCUCCCUCUCUUUUCUUCUCUGUAACCACCGAACCCCCCCGCAAGUUCAUCGUCGUCGCCCGGACAUCUCCGUCACCCCCUCACUGCGCUGCCGCUACCAAUCGAUGCGCGUCGUCGUCCUCUACAUCCCUCUGCAAGGAAUCGCCCGGGGGCGCCCUAAAUCGUCGCCUCCAUCCUCGUUUCUUCCCCAGCACCGGCGGCGCUUUUUGCUCGACUCCGGCCGCCACCGUCCUCCUCCGCCCUCCUCGUCACGUCCUACACAUCCCUGCAACCCGCCGACGGUGAAGCUCCGGCCACCUCCCGUGGGCGGCGCCGCCUCCUCUUCGUCCGCGCCGACAAGGCGCACCCGACGCCCCUUCCUCGCGUCCUGGGACGCAUCCAGUUGCCGGCGCGCGCGACGCCUCGCCGCGGUGACCGCCCCUCGCCCGGAACGCGCGCGGCAUCACACCGCAUCGAACAGCUUCUAUGCGUUCCAGCACGUUUCGCCACGCUGGCAGCCACGUGGCCGCGGGCCCCGUCCGUCAGCGGCUCCAGCUAGUCCCUUUCCGCAUCUUCCUGCGCCGCGUCAGCACUCCCUGGCCCGCGCGUCAGUCGCUCGGGCUAGCCAGUGCCUGGCAUUUGCUUCUUCCCGGAUAGGAUCACGAAGUGGUGAUGUGAGAAACGGCGAAUUCUCCGACAAGUUUUUCUGCAGCUUUUCACAGGUACGAGAUGACGACGUUAGCAAGGUUACCCUUCCGGCUUGGCCUGGGCAGGGUUAUGGACGUCACUGGUUAUCUUCAGGACUCUUAGUCCAAUUUGUAUCUUGUCCGUACUCGGACGUAUUUGAUCUUCUGUAUGAUUUGGAUCUUUGUAUUGUAUAUUUGUAUCUUGACUCGUUGGAGUCUUUGUUGUAAUAUAUGUUCUUGUGGGCUC